CGUGUCACUGUGGUACAUGGUAGACGUACAACUUCAGAAGUAUGCUCUUGUAGAUUUGUGUACGGCCGGAAGAGGAAAAAAGAGCAUGUCUGGACGAAUCAAUUGUUUUUGUUCAGCGAAGCUCCUAGCUCUUCUGAAUUUUCUGCUGCUCGGCAUCGUCUCGCGACGAGGUGUUGUAUUUGUGUUUUCGGCAGGGGCGAGUGAGCAGCUGCCUCCGUCUUCUCAGGAACAACAUACUGAGGAAGAAGAUCAACAUGGUCGUCAGCGUGCGGAAGAUCAUGUUGAUGAGGCGUCAGGCCCUGGAGAUGACGAACAUGAAGCCAGACAUAAUCCGCCGGUGCUCCCCUGGGGGCAGUGUCGUGCUUCGGGGCACCACGACCAGCAGAAAACGACAGACCAGCACACCGAGGGUGCCGGACGAGAAGAUCCGAGAGCCUCGCAGUUCCAGGCUUGGUUUGAGGGCUCACCACAGUGGAACAAAGUGGUGCAGGAGGAGGAAUUCGCGUCUAGUGUCAACACCCGGGACCUGGUCACGGGGAAGCUAAAAAAUGUGGGAGGUUCCUCCGCCGAGCUGCGCCGGCAGUUCCUCGACCUGUUCGACCGGCUGGGACCGCAGCACCGGCGGAAAUAUUUGGAACUAGGCUGCGGCGUUGGGGAGUCCGUGCGGCUGGCCACCCAGUUUUUCUCUCACGUGUACGUGAUCGAGGGCUUCCGGGACCAGCUGCAAUUGUGCAAAAAAGUGGUGGAAAAAUCGGCGCCACGGAGCGACCACGUGAUCUGGAUGCCGAUGGACCUUUACGAAAACCCGGAAGGCUGGGAGGGCGUGCGCGAAAACGGACCCUACGGCGUCAUUUUUGUGGACGCCAACCACGGCGCCCGGUGGGUGUGGAGCGACGCGAUCAACGUGCUCGAGAUGAUCGCAAGAACGACUCCUAGCGCCAAUGGUUCGACACCACGUGAAGAUCAGGUAGUAAAGCCCUUGGUCAUCUUCCACGACUACUGCCUCCAUGGAAGUUCCGAAGUCAAGCGAGUCGUUGACGCAUUGCUAGACGAGAGAACUACGACCACGGUGGGCGGCCCCCCGCAAGGUGGAAAUAAAGAACAUGGAAGUACGACCAAUCAUAAUGGCAGCACGUCGAGGUCCAAGAAGGUCGGCCUUGGUCUGCUGAAUUGUAAGGGCAUAGGGGCGAUUUGCGACGGCGGUGAAUACGAAGCAGUGAUCUGCGAGCCAUCGGAUAUGCUGCUGCAGAAAGAUUGGAAAGAGUUGGGUAGAAGGCUGUCGCUCGUCGAGGUUUUCGACGACGAGGCCACCCGACACGACGGCAGUCCCUUCGUGGGAAAUGAACCGCCGAUGCUGAACAAGCUGUCGUCAGGUUCUACUUCAGGGAACGAUCAUAGUAGUACUUCUACUGCACCAGCCUUCGGUGACGAGGAGUCCUCGCUUAUUCAGUCGUUCGACGACUACUUCCUAUCGUGAGGAAAAAUCCCCCCUCCCCAUAUUGAAAGCGCAUCCAUCUGAAAAUUUGUGAUGCAGAUUUGUGACCACAAAUCGCGUCUGUCUUGCAAGAAGGCAAGUCCAGGCUGCCCGGCACGUUAUGCGGGCGAUUUGUAAUGUUGUAGGGCCUACAGGGCAGCCGUCUACCAUGCUAGGCGCCUACACCAAAAGGCCCCUACCUAGGCUUGCGAGCUGCGUGCAGUGCUCUACUGCAGCACAGAUUUGAUUUGUGUACUGAAAUACAGCAUCACAAAUUUCGUUUUCGAUAUGGGGUGGGGGCUUUUUUCACUUUGAUACUUCCGCUUGCUGCGACUCCACUUCCUUGCGAGCUUCUGGCCGAUGGAGUACCUGGUGUACCACAACCCGAAGACUUCCACCGCGGACCCGGACAACCUGGGCUUGGUCCUGUGGCCCAACGACCUCACCGACGUGGCCCGCCACACGGACGGCCGGGACUUUUUGUUUCCGUUGCGCAGCAUCAACGAGCUGAUGGGCGGGACCCGGGAGUACAACAGCGACCUGUCCCACGGGCACCAGUCAGUGGUGUACUUCAACGGCAUUGCACGCCACGCCGACCGGUGGAAGAUCGCGCGGGAGCACAAAGUCCAUUGGGUGGCCUCGCGGCUGUCCCCCCUGCAAGAUGAUGUUGACAACGAUGUUGACGGGAAGAUGAAACCGACCGACAGCGAGGUUAGAAACCAGCCCACGGGAGCCGUGCGGUUCGAGCACUUUGGGCUGCUGUUUUCGCCGGAUUUGGUUUCGGUCGAGAUGAUCGACCUAGAAACGCGGAAAAAAGUAGGCACCGGGGUUUGGAGACAGGCAUUGAAGAACCAACUCAAGCGGUGGCGCCGGCAGGGCUACUUGGAUCAACACGGCCUGCACACGCCCACCAGCUUCCAAGAAGCAAGCAGAAGGUUUACUGGACUCUUCGAAGUAGCGGACGGGAACUAGUCGCUGUAGUAAGUUGUGCCCGCAAACAAAUUGAAGUGAGUGAAUAAUCGCGCCGACGAAGAUGCUGGGAUCUUCUGUCAUCGUAAUGUAAGUAUCCAUUCUUCAUGCCGCUUACUGAAAAAAUAGAAAUGUCGGACGAACAGCCACUCGUGGGCUGAUAGAUACUUAAGUAGUACUUUUUGCGAGAAUGUUCCUGAUCCAUUUUCCUGUUUUCCG